UUAUUUUGUUUUACUCGUUUUUAUUUCAUUGUCCGGGGGGGAAGCAGUUUACGAGCGAUCUGCGCGGGGGUGGAGGUGGCUGGUUCAACUCUCGGCCCGGUCUGCAGCUGGGCUUGUCAGUCUGCGCCGCGUUGAUGUUGCGCUUUCCCCCCAAAGAUGGCACUGGAUGUCUUUCGCAUUUUCUUGGGAUAUUGUUUUUCAUCCCCUAGGGAACCCAGCUCCUGGCUGGUACAGCUGUAAAUCUUUCCCUUUUCGCAUUCAUUCACCCUUGGUCUGUUGUGGAUUUGUAUUCAGUGCUCGUGAAGAAGGCUGCUUCUUGUGUGGGUAGGAGGAAAUUCUUUGCUGGAGGGUGGCGAGGCACUGGCACAGGAAAAGACUGUGAAUGCUCCAUCCCUGGAAGUGUCCAAGGCCAGGUCGGAUGGAGCUCUGAGCCACCUGGUCUAGUGGAAGGUGUCCCUGCCCAUGGCCAGGGGCUUUGGGACUGCAAAGUCUUUUAGGUCCCUUCCAACCAUACCAUUCUGUGGUUCUGUUCUGUGAAUUAGAAGCGAGAGUGUUUGGUUUUCUGUUUAAUCUGGUGACCACAAAGCCCACACAGGUGAUGUUAGAUGUAAAAUGACAUCUUUGACUACUGGAUGAGGACAAAGAUGUGUCACAGCAGAAGCUGUCACUUUCUGCCCAUGGUGACUGCCUGCUAGAAGAAACAUUUCCUCUUCUUGUUCUUCCUGCGCUCCCACACCGUGGUGCCUUUUACUCUCUGGAGUGGGGAACAGCUCCAUGCUGGCUGUGGUCUGGGUACGCAAGACACUCUCAUAGCAUUAUUGGAUGAGGUUUUGAAAUGCUUGAUAGCACUUACCUUUCUCUGCUUUCAGGUAAACACAUCCUGGGGGGGAGUGAAAAGGGACUUUUCCUCUGGCUGACAGUCAAGAAAAGCAGUUUGUUGUCUUGGUUCCCUGCAUAAAUGUGGCACUUGGAUACUCAGCUGGAUUUCUGUGGUUUCAGAUGCAUGCCAGGUUCCCGCUGAAUGCCAGCAGCAGAGAUCACUACAGAUGGAGCCCCAAAGUCAGCAUGGCAGCGGCGGCUCCCUGGUGGUGAUUCAGCAGCCCUCCCUGGACAGCCGGCAGCGCUUGGACUAUGACAGGGACAGCCAGCCCGCGACCAUCUUGUCACUGGACCAGAUCAAGGCCAUCAGGGGCAGCAACGAAUACACCGAGGGGCCGUCGGUGGUGAAGAAGUCGGGUCCGCGGACGGCGCCGAGGCAGGAGAAGCAUGAGAGGACUCACGAGAUUAUACCGAUUAAUGUGAAUAAUAACUACGAGCACAGGCCCGGCCACGCGGGGCACGUGGCACAUCAGCAUAACGCCAGGGCUCCCGUCCUGAGCCGAUCGACCAGCACGGGCAGCGCGGCCAGCUCCGGCAGCAACAGCAGCGCCUCCUCGGAGCAAGGGCUGCUGGGGCGCUCGCCGCCCUCCCGGCCGGGCUCCGGCCACAGAUCCGAGCGGACGAUCCGGGCGCAGCCCAAGCAGUCGGCGCUGAUCGUGGACGAUCUGAAGGGGCCUUUGAAAGAGGACUUGACGCAGCACAAGUUCAUCUGCGAGCGGUGCGGGAAGUGCAAGUGCGGGGAGUGCACGGCGCCGCGGGCCCUGCCCUCCUGCCUGGCCUGCAACCGGCAGUGCCUGUGCUCGGCCGAGAGCAUGGUGGAGUACGGCACCUGCAUGUGCCUGGUCAAAGGGAUCUUCUACCACUGUUCCAACGACGAUGAAGGGGACUCGUACGCGGAUAAUCCCUGCUCCUGCUCCCAGUCACACUGCUGUUCUAGGUACCUGUGCAUGGGAGCCAUGUCCUUGUUCCUGCCUUGCUUGCUCUGCUACCCUCCGGCCAAAGGAUGCCUAAAACUCUGCCGGGGGUGCUACGACCGCGUCAAUCGUCCGGGGUGCCGGUGCAAGAACUCCAACACGGUCUAUUGUAAACUGGAGAGCUGCCCCUCCCGGGGUCAGGGCAAGCCCUCAUGAUUUUGGGAGGGAGGUUUACUUCCUCCAACUUCAGUUUUUCAGGUUGUAGCUGAUUUUUUUUUUUUUUUCCCCUCUCCCCCCGUCUUUUCUUCUUCCCCCCCUCCUCUCCCAUUUUGGGAGGACUGUUGCUUUCCUUUCCUUCCUGUCUGCCCAACUUCAGACACAUGAGCUCUUCCCCUUGCAUCUUUGCUCUCUUCCUCCUACUGACUUGGCUGAGUGUGGAGCAUUUCAUGCAGUUGCUGCUGCUCUUUGGUAAGUGUGGACCUGGGAUCUGCACCUGCUGCUCCUUCGGGCAGGGUCUUUGAGUUUGUAACUGAACCACUCCUGAAAGAGACAGUGAGGGCUCACUGGGCUCUUGAAGCUUCUUGCUCUGUGAAUAUCUUCCCAAAGAUGUUGUUUUUUUUUUUCUCAGCAAGUUAUGUUUUGGUUUUUUUUUUUUUUUUCUCCUUAACCUCCUGGUGCCAAGGAAGAAUAACUUUCCUGAGUGAGCUGGAUUGUGAAAUAACAUUUUGUGUGUGUUCUUUCUGGAGAGGGAUGUAAAAUAAAGGCUUCACCAAAUGAAAGGCCUGACUCUUUAUAAGCAGCCUGCUUCUUUUUGCAUCUUUUUUCCCCCCCCCUCUCUUUUUGUCUUAACUUUUGGAACAUUCUCAGACCUGAGAAUUGCCCAGCCUUUUAUUUUUUUGCCUUUUUUUUUUUUUUUUUACAUUUUCAGUGUAACUUCAGUUUUUGCUACACUAUGUAGAUCUUCACAUUGGAGACAUUGUGGCUGCAACAUACUCAUUUGUUUCUUCUGCUGUCCAGUCUUUGAAGGAUAUUGCUUACUCCACCCUCCUAAUCCCGUUUUUAUAGUCUGUCAGUAUCAGUUGAUAUUAAAGUUGGUGGUGUUCAUAUAUCCAAACAGCCUUCAGGUGUCAUUGAGUCACCUAAAUGUUCUUGAAUCCUUCAAGUCUCUUGUGAUCCUUUGGCUUAGUGAGUUUAGCUCUGCUCUGUACUUUAUAAUUUUAUUCUGUCCCUGUUUUAUUGCCUUAGCCACAAAUUGUGGUCCUUUUUUGUAUAUUUUAUGUAUAAAACACAAAGUUGAAUCCCAACUAUUUUUAAGACAAAAGUCUGUUAAAACUUUUUUUAUUGUAAAGAAUAUUUAUUAUGUGAAUCUCUAUUAUUUUAUGAUAUUUAUUGCAAAAGACUUCGAAAAUGUACUCAUGUCUGAAUAUAACAAAAUAUCAAUACUUAACGAAAUAAGGAUGACACGGAGAAAGUACAUAUGUUAACUAUAAUGCAGAAAAUAUAUUAAUUAAUGAAAAUGCCUCUGGACUUCUUUUGUUACAACAACAGGUUGUGAGUUACAUGUGUGUAUUGCUGGGCUGUUCCUCCUCCUUCAGGUCUGUCAGGUGGCAAAUAACCUCCUAUUGAUACUUCAAAGCCACUAGUCUGUGCUCUAGUUUAGCUUACCUAAUUUUAAGCCAACUAUAUAUCAAAUAAGGGAUGUUUAAUACAAUUGAAUCUGUGUUGUGCUUAGCAGUGCCAAGAAAUGGAGGCUCUAUUUAUUUACCAAAGCAUUUGGAAAUACAUUUGUGGAGGAGGAAACCACAAGUUCCAAGUUGGUUUCUUUUUUGGUGUUUGUUUGGUUUUUUGUUUUUUUUUUUUUUUUUUUUUUUUAUUAA